AUGGCUUGUAUUUGUAGGUGGGUCCUUGGUAUAUUCAAGUUAGGAGUCAAGAAGAAUUUGGAAACAGAGGAUUUAUAUGAGACGCUUGAUGAACAUCGAUCAGAAUUGUUGGGAAACAAACUAGAAGGGCUGUGGAAUGAAGAGUUGCAGCAGGCAAAGGCACAACAUGCAGGACCUAGUUUGCUUCGAGUAUUGGUCAAGUGUUUUGGUGGUAGUGUCUUAUGGCUUGGUCUGGCCAUGGCUGUGUCAGAGUUCAUGUUUCAAAUGACUCAGCCAAUCUUCCUGGGAGGCCUGAUCCGCUACUUUUCACCAGGCAGCUCAGUGGAUCGUGACACAGCCUAUAUGUAUGCUGCUGGUGUCAUCAUCUGCUCCCUGUUCAACAUAUUCUGCAAGAACCCAAUUUGGCUUGCUGUUUACCACAUCGGUAUGAAGAUGCGUGUUGGUACUUGUUCCUUAAUCUACAGAAAGGCACUGAGACUGAGUAAGACAGCCCUGGGAGAAACAACUGUGGGCCAGGCAGUGAAUCUCCUGUCAAAUGAUGUGGCCCGUUUUGACAGGACCUUUUUGGUAAUGGCAUUUCUAGUGAUUGCUCCAGCAGAGACCAUGAUUAUAGUAUACCUGAUGUGGGGCAAGAUUGGCAUCUCUGCAGUCAUUGGAGUUGUUGGCAUUCUGCUUGUCAUUCCGGUACAAGCUGGAUUUGGGAAGAUGAUAUCAACAUUACGGAUGCGCACAGCAAGAAGAACAGAUGAACGCAUCAGGUUCAUGAACGAGAUCAUUGUUGGUAUCCAGGUGAUCAAGAUGUAUGCCUGGGAGAAGCCAUUUGCACGUCUCAUUGCUGUGGCCCGGAAGCAUGAAAUCAAGGCAGUCAGGGCUGCAUGCUUUGUGCGUGGUUUGCUCUCCUCUUUUGGGAGGUGUGGAACUAAGAUUGCUAUAUUUGCCAGCAUAGUUACCUAUGUUUGCUUUAAUGAUGAUGUUACUGCGGAAAAGAUGUUUGUAGUAACUGCAUACUUCAAUAUUGUGAGAAUUACAAUGACUGAAUUCUUCCCACUAGCAAUAACAGAGCUUGCUGAGUCAUCUGCAUCUGUUCAGAGAAUACAGAAAUUUCUGUUGAAUAAUGAAGUUACAACUGCCAGCAGCCUUGACAAGAAAAUAGAGAAUGCUGCAGUGACAUCUACUGAUGAUAACACACAGCAUGAAAGCAGAGAUGGCAGACAGAUGAUGAAUAGCUCUCUGGAUUCUAAGUUAUCUGUGGAUGCAAAUAGAACAAAGUAUGCAGGGGGGCACAUUACAAAUGAGAACACAGAAUGUGAUACGGCAAAAGGAGAAGCUAUUAAAAUUACCAAUGUGACAGCCAAAUGGACUGAGGACUUGCCUGAGAACACUCUGACAGAUGUGAGUCUGGAUGUGAGACCCGGAGAACUUGUGGCUGUUGUCGGACCCGUCGGCUCAGGGAAGACAUCACUGCUGCAUGCCAUCCUGAAGGAACUGCCCCUCAACAGUGGCUCCAUCUCUGUGGGUGGAUCAGUAUCAUAUGCAUCGCAGGAGCCCUGGCUGUUCACAGGCUCUGUACGGCAGAACAUCCUGUUUGGGCAGCCCAUGGACAGGAACCGGUACAGACAAGUGGUCAGAGUCUGUGCUCUUGAACGGGACUUCCAGCUGCUACCCCACAGUGACAGGACCAUUGUGGGGGAGAGGGGUGUCACCCUGAGUGGUGGGCAGAGGGCGAGGAUCAGUCUGGCAAGGACCAUUGCGGGGCAGAGGGGUGUCACCCUGAGUAGUGGACAGAGGGCGAGGAUCAACCAGGCAGGGAUCAUUGUGGGGGAGGGGGUUGUCGCUCUGAGUGUUGGGCAGAGGGAUCAUUGUGGGGGAGGGGGUUGUCGCUCUGAGUGUUGGGCAGAGGGUGAGGAUCACCCUGGCAAGGUGAGUGUCUGUGCUCUUGAACAGGACUUCCAGUUGCUGCCCCAUGGUGACAGGAUCAUUGUGGGGGAGGGGGUUGUCGCUCUGAGUGUUGGGCAGAGGGUGAGGAUCACCCUGGCAAGAGGAUCAGCCUGGCAAGUUUACAGAGAAGCUGAUGUGUACUUGCUGGAUGACCCACUGUCUGCUGUUGAUGCUCAUGUGGGACACUACCUGCUUGAGCACUGCAUUUGUGAAUUUCUAGAGGACAAGACUCGAGUUCUGAUCACGCACCAACUUCAUUAUCUCCACAUGGUCAAAAAUAUUCUCAUCCUGGAUCAUGGCAUGGUAAGAGCUGCAGGAACAUUCAGUGAACUUCAGGGAUCUGGUUUCAGCUUUGGCCUGGAAGCAGUGGAGGGUGAGGAACGUACUGUGAUCAAGAAACUUGGACAGUCACCUGACCACCAUGACUGUCAAGGUUCCAGCAAUAAGUGGAAACGUCAGAACUCAGAUUCUUCUCAGAGCUCAGGGGCUGCAUCUGAACCAGAGGUGGUAGCUGAGAUGCGAACACAAGGCAAAGUGCGUGCCAAAGUAUAUUGGUCAUACUUCGCUGCCACAGGGAGUUGGGGCAUCAUUCUGCUUGUUUUUGGUGUCUGUAUUCUGGAGCAGCUUGCCCUCAGCGGGGGAGACUACUGGAUUUCCUUCUGGUCUAAAGUGGAAGAACAUCGAUCAGCUAUAUCUAAAGCUGCUAGUGGUUCACUUCAGAAUGGGACAGGCCCAGUAGUGAAUGAUACUGCUUCAUAUCAAGACAGCAAUUCAGGCUACAGCGCUACCACAGAUGUGGCAGAGUGGGGCUGGCUGCCUAGUAGAGAGACAUGUAUAUAUGUAUAUUCUGGCCUGGUGGCUUCUGUCAUGAUACUGUCAGUGUGCAGUGUAAUAUCUUUCUUCACAAUGUGCAUGAGAGCAUCCAUCAGCCUCCACAACACAAUGUUUACCAGCAUUACUCGUGCCACCAUGCGGUUCUUCAACAGCAAUCCUUCAGGUCAGAUACUGAAUCGUUUCUCAAAGGAUAUGGGGUCAAUAGAUGAAAUUCUACCACCAACAUUGAUCGACUGUGUGCAGAUGGGAUUGUCACUGUUGGGUGCUGUUAUGGUUGUGGCAUUAGUGAACGUCUGGAUGUUAUUACCUGCAUUACUAAUGUUCUCAGUUUUCUAUCUGCUGAGAAUGUAUUUUAUGGCCACAUCACGCAGUAUCAAGAGGCUUGAAGGAAUCACAAGGAGUCCCGUGUUUUCACACCUCACUGCAACACUGCAAGGUCUAACCACAAUUCGAGCUCUUGGUGCACAGGCCAUGUUGGAAAAGGAAUUUGACAGUCUUCAGGACUUACACUCAUCAGCCUGGUAUAUAUUUGCUGCAAUAACCCGGGCAUUUGCGGUAUAUCUUGAUAGUACCUGCCUAAUUUAUGUGAUGUGCGUCACCCUCAGCUUUCUCUUCAUGGGUGAAGAGUACAGUGGAGGAGAUGUGGGACUGGCAGUCACUCAAGCAAUUGGGCUGACAGGACUUAUACAGAAAGGUAUACGUCAGUCAGCAGAAUUGGAGAAUCAGAUGACUGCAGUGGAACGUGUGUUGGAGUAUUCAAAAGUGGAAAAGGAACCUCCAUUGGAAUCACAUGCUGAGAAGAAACCAAAAGAUCAUUGGCCAACACGAGGAGAAGUUGUAUUUGAUCGAGUCUUCCUUGCUUACUCCAAAGAGGGACCAUCUGUCUUGAAGAAUGUCAACUUUGUCAUCAGACCAGCUGCAAAGGUGGGCAUUGUUGGACGCACAGGUGCGGGAAAGUCAUCUCUUGUCACUGCUCUGUUCCGUCUGGUGGAGCUGUCUGGGGGCUCAGUUCGAAUUGAUGGCAUAGACAUUGCCUCAAUAGGUCUCCAUGACCUGCGCUCUAAGAUCUCCAUCAUCCCACAGGAGCCUGUGCUGUUCUCUGGGUCACUGAGAGAGAACCUGGACCCAUUCAGCGAGUACUCAGAUGCUGCACUGUGGGCUGCGUUAGCCGAAGUGGAGCUGAAGCAGGUUGUGGAUGAGCUGCCUGCUGGACUGAGCCACAAAGUGUCAGAGGGUGGCUCCAACUUCAGUGUGGGACAGCGCCAGCUCCUGUGUCUGGCCCGUGCCAUCAUCAGGAACAACAAGAUCCUGGUGCUGGAUGAGGCCACAGCCAAUGUGGACCCACAGACUGAUGAACUGAUUCAGGGAACAAUUCGUCAUAACUUUGCUGACUGUACAGUUCUGACAGUUGCCCAUCGUCUGCACACGGUGAUGGACAGCGAUCAUAUCCUUGUCAUGGAUGCUGGAUCUGUCAUGGAAUGUGACCACCCAUAUGUGCUGCUUAAAAACAGGAGUAGCUUUCUGUCUAAGAUGGUGCAGCAGACUGGACACACCAUGGCGGAGACACUGUUUGUAAUUGCGCAGGAGAGUUACGAGAAAAGGAGUGUCUCAUGAUAAUGGUACUGGGAGAGGCAACAGGAAAUGGGAAACCAAGUAUGAUGUGUGAAACAAAACUCAGGUGUAUGGUAGGAUGAACUCAUCUGACAGUUUCCUGUUUCAUUUACUUUUUGUUUUUACUUAAUUUUGUAUGCAGUCAACAUAGCACUGCAAUCACUACUGUAAUAUUUGCUUAUUCAGAAUAUUUCAGAACAUUGUAAAAAUCACAGAAAAUUAUAUGUUGAGGGAAUCACCCAUCUCUUGUUCUGUACCAUUUCUACCUUAUGUUGUGCACCUAAUCUGUCACAGUUGAACUGAGGGCCAGUUUAUCCACUGGGAAAUAUGAGCAGAUGUCUAGUGUCCCCUAUCACUUCAGUGUUGCUAUCAUCUGCUUAAAUUGUCCCAAAUUAUGUUCAAGUAUCUCAGGUAUACACAUGUAUCCGUGAAAUUUUUUUGUUUUUAUUUUAGUAAGGUUUCAUGAAUUGCACCAGAUGUCACUGGCAUGGAGACAGCCAAACAGUUUUGCAUUCUGCUGGCAGAUUUCAGGAGCAGAAUCAGGAACAUAGAGAAAUUAUGGCUGCAUGGUCAGAGUGUAACAAUAGCAACAUUGAGGGUUAGCAAGUGUUGGCAUCCUGGCAUGAUUUGGCAUUUUAUAUUUCUGGUUUGAAUGUAGAAAGUGUCAGUGCUGUUUCCUAAAAUGGUUCUGAAGCAAGAAAGUGUUUAGCUUAUAUGUUUUUAAUGUUUUCCUGUGCUCUUUACUUUUACCAAUAUGACUAAACUUUGUAUUGGUAUCAGAAUAUUACUUAUUUUUCUUCAAAAUAUAUUGCCUGGGGUCAAUAUUGUGCUUUGUCCAAGGCCUACCAUUGCCUUAAAGCAGCCAUGGUUGGACAAUGUGUAAAGCUUAAUUUUCAGAUUAUUCACAGAUUAUUUUCAAUUUACUUGAAAUUCAGUUGCAAGAUCUGAAAAAAACAUGUACUCACUUUGUGCACAUGUAAAACGCCUAAUUGUGGUUGAACAGAAUUAAAUGACAUUUUAUGUAAGCGUCCCUGACUAAACUUUGUUGAAUAAUAU